AUGAGCCCCUCACCCUCACCCGGCGCCCUCCCGAUCCUCACAAACCCCCUCAAAUCCCCACACACCCGCCCCCGGCCAAAACUCAAAGACCUAGUCACCUGCACCGCGGACUGCAACACCGUCUACAACCUCGACGAUGCGCGCCCCAUGCACUUCUGCCCCAAGCCCGCCUGCCGCCGGUGGUUCCCCCGCGACUGCCUCAAGCACGCCGAGUCGCACGACGCGCACGACUCCGUCGACAUGCACGCGUUCAACCUCCUGCGCUCAGAUCCAGACAGCGACGACCCCUUCCACCUUCCACCUCCCUCCUCACGAGGGAAGGGAAACGGCACGGGCGCGCCGUGGACGCUCCCCGCGCUCCCCGCGAAGCUGCACGAAGCCGCCGCGCAGCAGAUGCUCGAGGGCGUCCCGCCCUACGGCCUCGUCGGCAACGCGCAGCCCGUCGCCGCCGCGCGCCCUGCGACGCCCGCGCGGCCAGGGCCGCGCUCGACGAGUGGAUAGAGCGCAUGGACAGCACCAACGCCGAGGGCAUGCUCGCGGACGGCGGGCGCUCGCCAGAGCCCGUUGGGGGUGCGCGGUCUGACUGCGGCGGCGAGAGCCCCCAGCUUUAUUUCGUGGCGCUUUUUGGUCCGUUGUGUGGAAGUGCCAUUUGAUACCACAUACCUUUGCGACUCACGAGAGAGUCCUUUCUUGGUCGAAUUUUACCUUAUGAUUUAUUGUAUGAAGAGUUCUUACGGGGGGCGGUGACGAUCCUGCCCU